UUUUUAUUUGUCAUCUCUGUUUUUUCCCAUGCCAGACAAGAAAUCUAAGAAGAAAGAAAAUAAACGCAGUAUAUUUCAGUUAUGUUUCCCCUGCAUCGGCAAGCAAACAUUCAGCUGCGAUGAAGUGAUGUGCGACAGUUUUGGUCGGGAAUUCACCGAAUACGAAUACGUCAUCGAGAACCUGGCGAUUCGGAGGGCUCCGAAAGUGCUGCUAGACUCGGCCUUGUCCGCCAAGAAGUCCAAGUCGAAGUACGGACAGACGGAGAGGGUGCCUGUAAGAAACUUUGGGACAAGCGUCGAGAGGAGAUCCUUGCCUGAGGUGGAGUGUGGCCCUGUGAUCGAGGAACAACCCAGUCUAAUGACCCCUCCCAAUGAAAAGCUGAUGAAGGCACUGAAUCCGACUUGGACCGACUAUACUCCUUACAAAUUCAACGCGCCCAUAGAGAGACAUCUAGUCAGACCCAUAAAAAGGACUAAAGAGAAACCUAUAGAGAGGACUAAUGAGAAACCUAUAGAGAUGCCUGUAGUGAAACCACCUGCGUCUACGAUGCAGAAUUUUACUGAUGCAAUAUUGCUAGAAAGUCCAAGACAGAAGAAAACGGUUGCGCAGGUCUAUCCGGUUGAAAAUGAUGUAAAGCAAGAUCUCACCAGAAGUCCACAAGACAGACCCACGCGGGGCAGAUGGCGCGAUCCCAUAUGACAUAAAAGAAACGAUAGUAGCGUUGAAGAAUGCUCAACUUCCAACAAGUCAUAAAGUAAGAAGAGCAAGGAAUCGUAGAACGGUUCUGAGGAGUGAUUCUACUACGAGUUUUGAUGAUACGAUUUGUAGUACGCUGAGACAAAUUUGUUUUAGAAAAAAAUCUAUUCAGAUAAUUUGUAGGUUCUUCCGAGAUCACGGAUAGCAAUGUGUCGGAUAUAACAGUGAAGAAGUUCAAAAAUUAUUUGACUAAGCCGAAAGUUUACGAUAACAAAGUGAUCGAAGAAAGUGAUUCGUUAUUGCAGCAACCAGGCAAAGGUCACAACGUUGUGACAACCGCCACCGAGACUUCUGAGGAGGUAAAUGUAGACAAAAGCGUCAGCACUGGCGCUGGACCGAAAUGGAGAAUCAUUAUAAACAAACAUACCGGGGAGAGCAAAACGUAAUGUUUCCUCUGUACUACGAUUUGUGUUGUGAAAUAAACGUCAAAACUAUAA